AUAAGAAUCUCUGUUUGACCGAGCCUCACCAUCGUCAUUGAUGUCAAGCUUUGCCUCUUGGAUUUUAAUCUAGUGUUGAGAAUUUCCUAACACUAAAUCAAGAAAACCCAAAUCAAGAGAGCUUCAAGCUAAUACUACGGCUUCUAAUCAUGGCAACACUAGAGCCGUCGAGGUCCGUAAGAUCGCGCCUCGAAGCAUGGGGAAAUUCCCCAUUCGCCCCCACGGGCCUCGCGACCUUAAUAACGGCCGUACACUUUCGCCCACUGCAGAUUCGACCUAUGCUUUUCGUACCUAUCCUAUUCUUUUCUAGUUAUGCAAAUCUCCAAGGCUUCAAAAUCGAUAGCGCAGGCAUCACCGCUGCUGCUAGCGGCACGUACGCUCUACUCGCCAUGAGAAGGCGGCCUAGCACCUUCAUAAAUCGCUUCUCUGUCAGGGGGUUAGUUAGAGGUUCUGCCGUUGGUAUAGGAAUCAUCAACGCCAUUGCCGCGGGGUGGGUAUACGGCACAGGCGAUCGGGAGAGGGAGAAGGCCGAGAGGACAGAUAACCCGCGUUGGGUCGAGUAGAGGGAUCCUAGCGCGAAUGAAAGGUGCCGAAGAAAUAAAAGCAUGAUGCUGUACGAAUAUCACAUAGGGGGUUUAGAGAUCGCUUGUACAUAUAUCUGCCCGUACGUAUAUAAAGCUAGACUGGGCCGUAUCACGGAAUACAAGGUCACACAUCAGUAAAGCUCUUCGAA